AUGAAGCACUUGAUCCUGACCGCGUUUGCCAAGUCAAAAUGCAUUUGGAACCCCUUGAUCUACUUCAUGAUGAACGCCCAGCUCCGCCGUGGGAUGGUAUCCAUGAUGUGGAAGACUUUCUGUCAGUUCCAGGAUUCCACUGAGUCUUCCUCACCUGGAGAGCCCAAGCAUAAAGGUAUUCAACGCGACCCAAUGGGAAGAGAUUCAUCAAAAAUUGUCACCAUGUUUAUCCCUUGCUCUAAUACUGUACAAAAGACCAUCUUGUUCUCGCACGGGAAUGGGGAGGAUCUCGGCCGCGUAGCUCAUUUUUUGCUCAAACUGAGCGAUAAAUUCGAUUGCAAUGUCUUCAGCUACGACUACUCUGGGUUAGGCAGAAGCACCGGGAAGCCGUCAGAAGACGACCUUUACGCAGACAUCAAAGCUGCAUUGGAAGUUUUGCGGACAAAGUACGGAGUCCCAGAGGAAAGAGUCGUUCUAUACGGUAAAAGCCUAGGAACAGCACCAACUGCUCAACUGGCUUCCAAGCUGAAGAAAUUGUCAGGCGUUAUCCUCCACUCACCCUUAUCAUCUGGAUUGGGGAUGGUUCUCUCUGGCACCUGGUCCAUGGGUCCUUUCCCCGUAGCGGAGUUGGUGCCCCUCAUCGACUCGCCUGUGCUCGUCAUUCAUGGAACUCAGGAUGAAAUCAUUCCGCUAUCCCAUGGGAAGACCGUGCAUGAGAGGUGUCUGAAACCAGUGAGGCCACUCUGGGUCGAAGGGGCAGGACAUCUCAACAUACAUGAUUACUCUGAGUACUGGGAACGAGUGGAACGCUUCCUUGCGGGAGAGCUCUCUCGUGAAUGGAAAUGA